AUGACGAAGGAGGUGAGGUCUGAGGUGGUGCUUGAUCAUGUGAUAAUGGCACAGUCAUCAUCAGUUAUUGACGAGGUAAGCCUCAACUCAGCAGUAUAUCUCAAGCUUACGGAUGGCCAUCUGCACCUGAUGAAAAUAGCGGGACUUGUAGCAAAGGGCGAUAUAGUGGGAUUGCGGACUAUACUGGAGCAGAAGCGGCGUUUUGGAAAAGACCAGGCGACCGAUGAUGAAGGCGAAGAUAUUAAUCGGUCAACAGCUGACGGGCGAACCGCGCUACAUGUUGCCGCAAGCACGUCAAAUCUCGAAUGUCUAGAGCUCCUCUUAUCACAGCCUACAGUUAAUGUUGACGCGCAGGAUGUUAACGGCUCAACCCCACUACACUUAGCCGCGGCUUGCUCAGAGCUGGCAGCGGUACGGUCAUUGGUUGCUGCGGGAGCCAAUGUUAAUGCCGUUAAUGUACACGGGAAUCGACCUGUUGACUAUGCAAAAGAUUCGGAAGUCGAGGCAUUCUUGACAGGGAAAAUGGCAGCAGCAGCGCCCCCAGUGCCACCACAGCGAAAGAGCUCCCAUCUUAUCGAGCUUGAGUCUGAAUUACCUGAGGACAUCACUCGGCUUAAGGGAUUUUGCAUUGAUUUGAUUAUCAGUCAAAGCGUGUUCAGAGAGCGCUGCAAGGAAACCAUCAGGCAACUGAUAGAGGAAAAGCACGUCGCAUUGCAUAAGAAUCGACUUUUGGAGCAAGCAGCGGGAAUUCAAGAUAGGGAGACAAGCGAGCGAUUCAUUGAUCAACUCCAAUAUCUACAAGAUGAAAACGAACGACAAGCUGCCACUAUAGCUUAUCUUAAGAUCAGUAUACAAAUGUUCGAGCAUGCAGCCGCACAGCAGGACGAAUAUUAUAGAAAGAACCUUGCAGACCUGACGAAGCAACAUAACGAGCAGCUGCAGGCAAUUUUUCGCCGUAAUGAAGAGACGGAGAAAGCAUUUCUGGCAUAUCAAAAAUCACAUUCUGAGGAGUUGGCUGAGCUUGCCAAAUUGCGAACCGAAGUAGCUUCAGGCAAAGGAAAGCCAAUAACCACGAAAGGCAGCAAUGCUUCUUUGGAGGCUGGGCUGCAAGCAGAAGUGCAGAGUUUACGGAAAGAGCAAGCGAAUACCGUCGCCGAAAAGCUAGCGCUGGAAGAAAGGUUGAAGCUAACAGAGAAGCUGAAAUCUAUGGCAGAGCAAGAGAACACCAAUCUCCGCAACGAUAUAGGCAAACUGCGAAAGCUGAUGCAAGAAGAGAUGCUAAAGCAAUUGCAAGAAGCUCGUGAGGAGCAGGACCAGAUGGACGAAUCGAGUGGCAAUAUCGUCUUUACUAAAGGAGAAGGUGGACAGAAGCGGCUGAAAGGUGCAACACCCACAAAACUUCUUGAGCGGCUACUAGAUCCGGCGGUGCAUGACCACCACUUCCAGCAGACAAUUCUUUUGACGCAUAAAACAUUUAUAAGUAGCGCGGCCCUAUUAGAGUCUAUUGUUAGCCGGUUCCGUGAGGCUGCGUCCGGACUACCCGAAGAAGCGCGAUCCCAAUCUCCCGUGUUAAGUCGGAUCAUUAAUGUGCUCAAGUUUUGGGUCGAGCAUUACUGGAGUGACUUUGCCGACGAUGCUUCUUUAAUGCAAGACCUACGAGCUUUCACCGACGAUUCUACUCAUAAUGAAAAUCUGAUAUCUAGUCUACGAAGCGCAAUUAAGCGAAAGUCAAAUUCUGAUACUCCCGUUGUGGACCCAACUACUGCGCCGCCAAAACCUAUCCUCCCCCGCGCGCUAGCAAAGCGGUACUCGAUUGACGGUGCACUAUUUACCGGCCGCCCGAUUUUGAUGGGUGGUUUGACGGUCGGUCUAGGAGUGGAUCGACCGACCAGCUGGGCUCCUUUCAGUGGCAAGGGCAAGCUUCCGGAGGGAUUUGAGGAUGUGAAGAUCAAACUUCCCGAUAUGGAACCGUUGGAAGUUGCACGACAGUUGACUUUGAUUGAAUUUGAGCUUUUUCGGGCUAUUAAGUCAAGAGAGUUUCUAGAUCUUGCCUGGAUGAAGGACAGUAAGGAAACUGAAGCACCGAAUAUCUUACGAAUGACGCGCUGGUCAAAUCAUGUUGUGCAAUGGAUCGUUACGGAGAUAGUUAGCGUGAAGGAAAGCACAAAGGCGCGGGCGGCCGUUUAUGAGAAAAUCAUCAUGCUUGGCCACUAUUUCCAAAAACUCAAAAACUUCAACGGGGUGAAGGAGAUUGUAGCUGCGCUCCAAUCUGCGUCUGUUUAUCGUCUCAAGAAAACCAAAGAGGCAAUGGGGAGCAAGCACCUCCGAAUCUACGAUGAGCUGGCAAGACUGGUGUCGAGUGAGCUCAAUUACAAGAACUUGCGUGCCAAGGUGCGAGCGACAGAUCCGCCGCUAAUCCCAUUUCCAGGAUUAUACCAAGGAGAUUUGGUUUUCCUUGAUACAUGCCACAAGGAUAGACUUGAUGGCGGCCUUGUAAAUUAUCACAAACUCGAAAGUAUCGCUCGAUCUGUCCUGGAGCUAGAGGCAUAUCAGCAAGUACCUUAUUCCCUAGAACCUAUACCCGAAAUUCAAGACUAUAUACGCCAUUAUCAACUGCUGGACGACGAUCAGGCAUAUAAUGAGUCCUUGGCAUGUGAGGCGAAAGCAAACUGAACAGUGUAAUUUUAUGGAAUCAAGUAUCUAUCCUUCUUUAGAGCAACGUUUCUAUUCAUGACUACUUUAACUACAAUGUAUAUCAAAACCACUUUCACGAUGAAAGGAAAGCACUAUCUAACAAAAGUCUAACAAGAAAAACAUGAGGCCACAG